AUGGAAGAGAUCAAACUAGUGGUGGAUGAUUGUUGUUCUUUAGUCAGAAAUUUCAAAGAUGCUGCUAUCAUGUUUGUAGGUAGAAAGCAGGUGACUGAUGCUCACCAUUUGGUGGGGAUUGGGAAUGCUGUAGGUUCUAGGAAUUGGGAUGGUUUUUUGCCGUCUUAUGACACUGUUUGUAAUGCUUUUUAUGCUUCAGAUAGCUCCUUUGAUGUUUUAAACCUUUUUCCUAGAAAGGUUUCGCCCUCGCAUUUUCUCUUCCGUCAUUUUCCGAAUUCCUCAUCCUCAUCAAAGUUGGGAUUACCAACUAUGAAUCAAGAUUUUCCGGAAACAGUAUGGAUCCAUGACGUGUUCUUAAGCUUUAGAGGAGAAGAUACGCGUGCUUUCUUCACUUCACAUCUUUGUACAGCUCUUCAGAAUGCAGGAAUUAAGAUUUUCAUUGACGAUAAUGACCUUCAAAGAGGCGAUCACAUUUCACCAUCUUUAUCAUUAGCAAUCCAGCAGUCUCAGAUUUCUAUAAUUAUUUUCUCUACAAAUUAUGCCGAUUCACGAUGGUGUCUUGAUGAACUGGAAACAAUGUUGAAGUGUCUUCUCAUGAAACAAGUGGUUGUGCCAGUGUUCUACCAUGUAGAUCCUUCUGAAGUGCGUCAUCAGAAAGGCGAAUUUGGAAUGGCGUUUCAACGUCUUUUGGACAAAGUUUCAAACCAUGUGGAUUUCAAUUUACUUUGUGAAAAGGAAAGGAGGUGGAGAGGGGCACUUCGUCAGGCAGCUGAUAUUGCAGGGUUUGUAAUAUUUAACUCUAGGUAA